GUAAUAGUUAUUUUCCGGAAUUAUUUAUGUGAAACACACUUUAUAUCUGCCACUGCAAAUAGCAAAGGAUUUCACUACGCAUCCAUUCUUUACUGUCAUAGACUAAUAACAACUGCGGUUACCCAGCUAUCUAUGAGAUCAACCAUCUUUGGCUAAAAUGAAUUUUCUACGUAACCGUCUUGUUGUGCUGGGCCUGGUGUUGCUGGCCACUGUUCUGUUGUACCUGCUACUGCCGUCCAUUCGUCAGGGCAGCAUGGAGCCUUCGCUGGAUGUCCAGAGGAUGGGCCUGGUGGCUGUCUCUCCUCCUCCACCUCCUGCCAUCAACGUGUCCGUACGCACAGGGCAGCUACCCGGGGACCCUCCACUCUUCUUCAGGGAAGCUUUGCCGGUCGAUGGAUCUGGUAGGCAGAUACUGCCCAGGCUGCAAGUGGUCCUUCUCCAUGGCCAAGCUUUCUCUUCCAAAACCUGGGAGGAACUGGGCACCCUGGCCUUGCUGGCCACAAACGGAUACCAGGCCUUGGCUGUGGACCUACCAGGAUUUGGGAACUCUCCAGACUCGGAUGCUGUGAAGACAGACCAGCAUCGGGUGGACCUUCUGGGGAGGUUUAUGGAGGCUUUGGGCGUGAGGACAGCGGUGCUGCUCAGCCCCUCUAUGAGCGGCCACUACUCCAUCCCCUUCCUCAUGAAACACAGUUCCCAGCUGCACGGCUUCAUCCCCAUAGCCCCAGUAGGAACCCGCAGCUACACCCCUCAGCAGUACCAGGGCAUCCAGACUCCUACUCUGAUUGUGUUUGGAGCGCUGGACACCAACCUGGGGGCCCAGUCCCACAAGAAUCUCAUGCAGCUCCCACACCACUCAGUCCUGAAGAUGGAGGGGGCGCGCCAUGCCUGCUACAUGGACAAACCUUGGGAGUUCCACCAAGCACUGUUGGACUUUCUCAGCAAACUGGAGUGAGAGGGGGAGGAGGAAGAUAGAUAGAGGGAAGGAAAGAAGAGAUUAACAGGAUUGUGUUUGCGUGGAAGUGGAGAAAUUAUACACAAAUAAGACAAAGGGAAAGUAGACCACUGGGAUAAUAGGGCAAAGGCUGCUUUUGAUAUUACAAAUUACCCCGGGCCCCCCAGCCACCCUGGUAGAGUGGCUUACCCCAGGCCCUUAGCCACCCUGGUAGAGUGGCUUACCCCAGGCCCUUAGCCACCCUGGUAGAGUGGCUUACUCCAGGCCCCUAGCCACCCUGGUAGAGUGGCUUACCCCAGGCCCUUAGCCACCCUGGUAGAGUGGCUUACUCCAGGCCCCUAGCCACCCUGGUAGAGUGGCUUACCCCAGGCCCUUAGCCACCCUGGUAGAGUGGCUUACUCCAGGCCCCUAGCCACCCUGGUAGAGUGGCUUACCCCAGGCCCUUAGCCACCCUGGUAGAGUGGCUUACCCCAGGCCCUUAGCCACCCUGGUAGAGUGGCUUACCCCAGGCCCUUAGCCACCCUGGUAGAGUGGCUUACCCCAGGCCCUUAGCCACCCUGGUAGAGUGGCUUACCCAAGGCCCCUAGCCACCCUGGUAGAGUGGUUUACAUUGCGAUGCUUUUGUUGACAUCCCAUCAAAUCGAGAGCAACUCUAAAAGAAGUUUACUCUUUGAGUUGAGCAUGUAGAACAGAAUAUAUGCAAAUUCAACGACUAGAAGCAAAGACUUGACUUUUUUUCUACAGGCAUCAUUAUUGGUUCCAUGAUGAAGAUCAACAUCAGUUAGUUGAGUUGAGAUUGAAGAGGUAAAAGGAGAUCUAAGGCGAUAGUACCAGGGUCGUAUUCAUUCGUGCACACUGUAGCAAAGUGUUUUGUAACGGAAAACAAAAACAAGUGUUUCUUAUUGGAAAAGUUCAGGUAGUCCCUUCCUGUUUCAUCCCUUUUGCUUCUGUUUGGUUCAUAGUGAAUACGAACGACCCUGUUUAGAGAAAUUACCUGUGAAAAUUUUGUUGAGGAGACAGAAUCAAUGGUUGCCAAUUCACAGCUGUAUCUCCUGGUACAGAAACUUGGAUAAAGACUAACAAUAACAUUAAGAUAUUUAUUUAUAAGACUUCAGCUCCCUGUUAAAGCAUGUUCACGUUCAUUCUGAAUUUCUUGCUGAAGUGUGUGUGUGUGUGUG